UCUUAGAGAAUGAUGAUGGAUGAGCUAGCCCGACAGGUAGGUUGUGCAGUCACAGCCUUCUACAGGCCAGGAUGGGGAUUGACAUCUAGGCCAUGUCAGACAGACUGGGAGGAGAAUCAAUUGCCUAAUCCCUACAAGAUUGAAAGUCAGGUUGACCUGCUUCUCUCGUUUUGUUCGAGUAUGGGUUUUACUUCAGUUGUACUUGCUGGUCAUGAUGGUGGGGGUGGAUUGCUUGCACUGAAGGCUGCACAAAUAGUUCAGUCAUCCAGGAAUUCGAUUAAUGUCCUUAUUAAGGGGAUUGUAUUAUUGGAUGUUAGCCUGUGAGGAGAACUGGUUCCAGCCUUUGCAAGGAU